GCGUUCCCUUACUGGGGAUAAAGAGCGUCGGAGGAUGAAGGAGCGGAGAAGCCAGGGAUCUUCGCAGGAGUUCACCCAGGAAGACCAAACGGUUAAUGUUGGUGCACCCGUUCUGGAUGUUCCUGUUGUGGAGGUUCCUACGUCUCACAGGAGUUUGGAGCAUGAAAGGUAUAAUUUUCGUUCCAUUUUAGUUUUAACAAGAGUUUAAGUUGAAUCUUAACAAGAGUUUAAGUCAAAUCUUGACAAGAGUUUAAACAAAUCUUAGUCUUCUACUGGGCCCGGGAUAACCGGCUUAACCAGUAGAAAGGCCAGCAAAGGAAUUUUGACCAAUUUUUGGCAAAGUUCUUGACUUUUUUUUGCAUUUGUAUGUCUUCUAUUGGGCCCGGGAUAACCGGCUUAACCAGUAGAAAGGCCAGCAAAAGAAUUUUGACCAAUUUUUGGCAAAGUACUUGAGUUUUCCUUUUUUCUUUUAUCUUUUAAUUUCUUCAACUGAGAGCCCAUGAAAAAUUUGUCUUGAUUUUGGCAACCUUCCUAAAAGUUUUUUCUUUUUUUUGGUUUCAGUGCUAAGCGUCGACCGAAGCGUACCCUUACUGGGGUUAAAGAGCGUCGGAGGGAUAAGCAGCGGAAAAGUCAGGGAUCUUCGCAGGAGUUCACCCAGGAAGGCCUACCGGUUAAUGUUGGUGUACCCGUUCUGGAUGUUCCUGUUCUGGAGGUUCCUACGUCUCGCAGGACUUUGGAGCAUGAAAGUACUUUCGUGACGCAGCCAGGAAUGGAAGAAUUCAGGACUCCACCACGCAGACGAGCUGCUGUGGUGCAACGGGAAGGAGAAGCAUCUCCGAUUGCUGGUCCUUCUCGGGCACCUGUUGCAGUAAUGGUAUCUCCACAACCUGGGCGUUCCGAUGGAUUGCCACAUCGACCGUACAUUUCACCGGCUAUUCGUCGUCAUCGUGAGUCAUCUUCGGAUUCUCAACCAAGUCCGAUGCGUCGUGUAGCAAGUGUACCAUCGUCUUCUCUGAGUGAUGAAUCAUCAUCAGUGAAAACGAUGCCGGAUGUACUUCCGUUGGCAGAACGUGUUCCUGGGCGAAAGGGGCGACCUCCAGUAGCGUAUCCAGAUAAAGGAUGGAAACUUCCACUUGCUGGGGGCCAUAUCAUAUAUGGUCCACGGCCGAGAGUAGGAGAGACGAGAAGGGAAGCAGCUUUACGAUAUGGCCGGGAGAAGCAGUACAAGCUGCGAGAGAAGGCGGAGCGGGAGAAAUUGAGGAAACGUGGUAGGGCAUUGCAGUAUAAUUGUCCAGGAACAUCACACUCAGCGGGGGAUCGAGUAGAGUGUCGUCAUUGUGGAAGCCUCAACUUCAUGGACGAGCAGAUGAAGGGUGAAAGUGUUCAACCUGGGACGUUUCCCAUUUGUUGCAUGGGUGGAGCUGUAAAGUUGGAUGCUAUUCCUCAGGACAGCUACAUCCAGAGCAUGCUGACAGAUGUGGAUAAUCCGGAGGCUAAGCAUUUUCGGUACAGGAUUCGGAUUUACAACACAGCGUUGAGUUUUGCAUCAGUGUCAUUCAAUGAUUCAACAACUCAUCCACAUGCUCCAAGUCCACAAGGACCACCUGUUUUCUGGAUGUAUGGAGUGGCUUAUCAUAGGAUUUCCUAUCCACGUCCAGAAGGCAACGAUGUUCCUGCAUUUGGCCAGUUGUAUUAUUUGGAUCCAAUUGCGGCCAAUAAUUACCGCAUGAAUGCACCUUAUGGGGCGCAAUUGGAUCAGGAUAUACUUCGGGAGCUGGACAGGAGGAUGAGGGAAAAUAAUCCAUGUGCCCGGGAGUUUCAGCGACUGCAUGAGGUUGAGGAGGAGCAAAGGAGAGCAGCGGCAGGAGCAGGUGUAGAUGGUGAGUCUGAGAAUCCAAAUGCUCAGCUAUUUCUUUUCCAUUGUCCACAGCAAAAUAGGGGUACACAUGGAGCGGAAAUAACUGGUGCAGAAAUUGCGGUGGUAUAUGCUGCUCAUGAAGGAGAGCCUCUACCAAUACAGGGUGUUGUGGUAAGACCAAAAAGUAUUGAUGCCAAUACAAGUGAUUACCGCAUCAUCCCAAAUUGGUCGGCUUCAGUGGAUCCUCUCUGUUAUCCACUUAUUAGACCCCGUGGCACUAUGGGAUGGCAUCCCAAAAUGCCGUCUUUGAGUGAAUCUAACAGAUCGGUGACAUUCAGAGAGUACUGCAUGUACCACCUCAUGGAGCGGCGUGGAGAGAGAGGAGGAGCACCGUUACUGAACUUCGGUAGGCUUCUUCAGCAGCUUAUUUGUGAUUGGGCUCAUCGGAUGGAGCAGAUGAAGUUGGCAUAUGUGAAGCGCAACAAUGCUGUACUUCGGGCAGUUCUGCGGAGGGAACUUCCAGGUGCUGAUGAUGGUCACCCCAAUGAGGCUGUUGAGGCGGAAGAUGAAAUAAUUAUGGAGGAGCCUGUCGAAGGUGAGAAUUAA